CACAAAUGUCUACCACGUUUUCUACAUCCCCUCUACUCUUCCAACAAUUUCUUGGGGAUUUUCACCCAAGAAAACUGUUGCUACACAACCCUCUUUCCCAACCAUCUUCCAUUGCAUCUCCUUCACCUUCUGGUAACAUCCAAGAUCCAUUGAAUCCUAAUGCCAAUGGCGAUAAGCACUUCGAUAUAAAUGUUGUUAUGGUCCUCAUAGUCCUAAUAUGUGCACUCCUUGUUUCACUUGGACUAAAUUCUUUCAUAAGGUGUGCAGUAAGGUGCUCAUAUUUAAAUGGAAAUUCUUCCAAUAGAGGGAUCAAGAAAAAAGCCUUGAGAACUUUUCCUAUAGAGAAUUACUCCCCAGAGAAGAGUAAAUUGCCAGGGCUGGACACACAAUGUGUCAUAUGCAUAUCAGAGUUUGUACAUGGUGAUCGAGUUCGAAUUUUGCCCAAGUGUAGCCAUGGAUUUCAUGUGAAGUGCAUUGAUGAGUGGCUUAGCUCACACUCAUCUUGCCCUACAUGCAGGCACUGCCUUAUGGAGACGUGCCAAAAGAUUGCUGGUGUUAGUCAGGCUAGCUCAUCGGAACAACCACCUUCUGUAGCGCAAGAAAGAGUUGUGAACAUUGCACCCCUAGAGCGUGAAGGUUUGGUCUGCAAUUACAGGGAAGCCAGCUAAGUCAAAUUGCUGUUUUUUGGCCAUCAAGUUAAAAUCUACCUAAGGUUACCGAAUUUGAAUUUCAAAGCUGUCAAAUGACCCAGAUUGAAGUGGUUGCUUCAGGGGCCAAAAUGAUAUUCCUCUACCAUCCAAUUUGGCUAGGAAAUUAAAUGAUUAUAUUAAUGACUAGUGCCGAAGGUGGUGGCUGAGUGGUGUUGCACUUGUUAUCCUCUGAUGUUGAAAUUUGGAAUAUGCCACUCAUGUCUGAAGGAAAAAGAACUAAAAUCUUGGCUGUUGAAAUUAUCCAAUACAGUCUAUGUUUUUGCGACAAAAUUCCUACAGUGGCAAGGUUACUUGUAAAAUUGACAAGAAAAUAUGUUUCAUGGCAGCAGUACCUGUAAAAAAUAGCAUUAUUAUGAUUAUACACUUUCUUAUCUUUAUCUUA